UGUGUUUGCGUACAUGAAAAAACGCUUCAGAAUUUGACGUUGACAGCUGAUCAGUGCUGUCAAAAGUCUCUUCGAAAAAAUCCACCAUGGCGGCCGGGGUACUCUAUACUUAUCCGGAAAACUUCCGCGCUUACAAGGCAUUGAUCGCCGCACAGUACUCCGGGGCCGAUGUGAAAGUGGCCCCGAACUUCGUGUUCGGUGAGACCAACAAGUCAGAUGAGUUCCUCAAGAAGUUCCCGGCGGGCAAAGUGCCUGCCUUCGAGAGCGCUGAUGGAAAGGUGCUGCUGACCGAGAGCAACGCCAUCGCAUAUUAUGUGUCGAACGCGGCACUCCGCGGUGGCGACGCCGCGACGCAAGCGCGCGUGCUGCAGUGGGCGUGCUGGGCCGACUCCGAGCUGCUCCCCGCCGCCGCCGCCUGGGUGUUCCCCUACCUCGGCAUCAUGCAGUUCAACAAAGUGAACGUGGAGCGAGCCAAGACGGACCUGCUGGCAGCCCUCGCCGUGCUGGACAAGCACCUGCUGACCCGCACCUUCCUGGUGGGAGAGCGCGUGUCGCUGGCCGACAUUGUUGUCUUCACCACACUCAUCCACUCUUUCCAGCACGUCCUGGACCCCGCCACGCGCGCGCCGCUCGUGAACGUGCAGCGCUGGUUCCACACGCUGGCGCACCAGCCGCACGUCGCCGCCGUGGUGGGAGCCGUCGCGCUGUGCGCCGCUCCACCGGUGUACGACGCCAAGAAGUACCAGGAGCUGUCUCAACAGAACAAGAAGGACUCUGGCAAGAAGGACAAGAAGGCAGAAAAGAAGGAACAGCCCAAGAAGGAAAAGAAAGAGCAGGAGCCCGCGCCGGCUGACGACGGAGACUUCGAGGAGAAGCCCAAGGAGUCCAAGGACCCCUUCGACUCCAUGCCCAAAGGCACGUUCAACAUGGACGACUUCAAGCGCUGCUACUCCAACGAGGAUGAGGCGGUGUCCAUCCCCUACUUCUGGCAGAAGUUCGACCCCGAGCACUACUCCAUCUGGUAUGCGGAGUACAAGUACCCCGAGGAGCUCGCCAAGGUCUUCAUGAGCUGCAACCUUAUCACUGGCAUGUACCAGCGACUGGACAAGAUGCGCAAGCAAGCCUUCGCGUCGGUGUGCCUGUUCGGCGCGGACAACGACUCCAGCAUCUCCGGCGUGUGGGUGUGGCGCGGGCGCGAGCUGGCGUUCCCGCUGUCGCCGGACUGGCAGAUCGACUACGAGUCCUACGACUGGAAGAAGCUCGACCCCUCCGCGCCCGAGACCAAGAAACUUGUCCAGGAUUACUUCUCAUGGAGCGGCACCGACAAGCAGGGCCGCAAGUUCAACCAGGGCAAGAUCUUCAAGUAAACUCCCUUUUGUACGUUAUUGUAAAAACUUGCAUUUAUUUAAGUGGUGCGGAAGCUCAUCUCAUGAUAAGGAGUCUGUAAUAAAAGAAUCGUUUAUUUACUA